AUGUUUUCAGUUGCUAAUAAAGUGGAUAGCAUUCACAUGAGACCUUGGAUUGGAUUUCAGUCAUGGCGUGCUGCUGGUAGGAAGGUCUCGUUAUCAUCUAAAGCUGAAGAGUCCCUGGAAAACAUUAUUCAACAGGAUACCAAGGGGGAGAUUGUUUACUUCUGGACAAAGCUAGACAUUGAUGCUGACUCACUUGGAAGUAGAAAUGGACUUACGUUCUGGUCGAUGUGUGAUAUCCUUAACCAAGGAAACUGCAGGACUACUUUCGAAGAGGCAUUUCGACAUAUGUAUGGGUUGCCAGAACACAUUGAAGCGCUUCCUCCCAUGCCUGAAGAUGGUCAUCAUUGGUCUUCUCUCCACAACUGGGUGAUGCCAACUCCGUCUUUCCUCGAGUUUGUCAUGUUCUCAAGAAUGUUCUCGGAGUCUCUAGAUGCACUGCAUAACAAUCUUAACGACUCCAAAAGUUGCUCACUGGCUUCAUCCCAGCUCGAGAGAAAGCACUGUUACUGCCGGGUUCUGGAACUGUUGGUUAAUGUAUGGGCAUAUCACAGCGGGAGAAAGAUGGUUUACAUAAACCCAAAAGACGGUUCAAUCGAGGAACAACAUUCAUUACCGCAACGAAAAGGUUUAAUGUGGGCUAAGUACUUUAACUUCACGUUACUGAAAAGCAUGGACGAGGACUUAGCAGAAGCAGCAGAUGAUAACGACCAUCCAAGGGAAAGAUGGCUGUGGCCACUAACAGGAGAAGUGCAUUGGAAAGGCGUUUACGAGAGGGAACGUGAAGAAAGAUAUCGUUUGAAAAUGGACAAGAAACGUAAAACUAAGGAGAAACUUUACGAUAGGAUCAAAAAUGGUUACAAGCAGAAAUCACUCGGAGGAUGA